GCAUGCUUAGUUGAGCCACGAAGAGGUCAGCGUUUGUACUUCAUGUACAUUAUUACCAGGGUAAAGAUGGCGACUGCCAGAUCACUGUGCAAAGUUUGCAGGUCAUUUCUCUCUACGAAUGUGAUCCUGCAAUCGCAAACUGGUCAAAGAUCAGCAAAGGUUAAUAGUGCAGUAGGUCUUGAAUUUGGCAGAUGUUUUAUAAAUGUUUUUUGAUUUUCCUUGUGUGAUCUUUUUAGACCGCAAGCCAUCUUAAAAAAUCAACACAGACAACUAAUAGAGUGACAUAUAUAAUCAAACCAGAAAGGUUAAAGCAGAUUGAAGAAUCCCCUAGCGGUUGGGUUCCUCCCGCUACUGGUACGUUUUCUUCCUUCUUAAUUAAUUUUGAGGCCUCUGUUUUCCUUUAUCAUACCUUUGUUUGUACAGUCAACUCUUUCUAAGACGGACAUCUUUGGGACCAAUACUAAGUAUCCAUCUUAGAGAGAUGUCCAUCUUAUAAAGAGUCAAAUAAAAGGAGUAAAGAAAGGCAGGGACCAACUCUAGGUGUCCGUUUUACAGAGGUGUCCGUCUUAUAGAGGUGUCCGUUAUGAGAGAGUCGACUGUAUAUGGAGCUUUUGGAAACACAGCUUUAAACAGAGGAAGGCCAUAGGGGACAUUCCAUUUUUUAUCCGCACCCCCAAAGGUGACUGGAAUCCGAACCCUCAAAUUUUUGUUGGUACUCUUUUCAAAAAUGAAGUCCGAAGGGUUCAUUUUUUGUUUGGCACCUUUGCAAAAUUUGUCUGAAAGAUACAAGUUUUGUCGGCUUCUUUGAAGAAAAUAUCUGAACCCCCCUAUUCAAAGAAGCCAUCCUUAGGGAGAGUGCAGAUAAAAAAUGGAACAUCCCCAGUAGCCUUGCAUUCUUCUGUAACAAUCACAGGGGGUGAUGUGGAAAAAUCAUGCUUCACAUGAUGAACACAUAAUUUAUCUAUUGCCUUUUGCUCCAAUUUCUAUCCAUUUUGUAGAGUUUUCCUUCCAGUAAACUACUCAUCCAUAAGACAUUUGGUGCGUUCAUUGAUCCUUUCAUGUACUAGCUAAUUAAUGCCUUUUGAUGACCUUUUCUUUUGCAGAGUCACCAAAUUUGCCAUUUUUCAUUAAGAGAUCCAAAUUCAACAACUUGCCAGUUUACUCAGACUACAAGCGUGGAGGAAAUUAUAAACUCACUGUGAUAAGAAAAAUUAAAGGUGAUCUCCAGGUAAAAAUUAAGAAAAAGAGGAGAGUGGAGGUGUGCUGUUGCCAGGGCCUCAUGGCCACUGAUGACUUUUAGAGCAAGAUUUUGGAGACAAUGUAUUUUUGUUGGGAACAGUUCUUCAUGUCAUAAUAUUACUCAGCAAAGUACAUCUUCCGUCAUAUAUAAAAGAGUGCUAGAAGCGUAACAGCUUUCAUGCAUAAUUUUCAUUUCUUCUAAAAUUGUUUCUUAGUCAUUUUUUUUUUAAUAGAAAAAGGCAUUAUUUCAUAUUUUUUACAUCCUGUUGGUCAGCUUCCAUUUAGAUAAGGAAAAGAGGAGACCAUCCAUCAAAUGUUUAAGGAAAGAAAGAGAGGAAAAGAAUUAGAAUUUUCUUAUCUCUACUUAACAAAUUCCUCUGUAUUUUCCUUCUCUGUUUUUAGGCUCUUGAUGAUUGUUUGAGACACCAUCUUGGAAAAGAUAUUAACUCCCAAAUCAAUGAACUUACAAGUCAAGUGAAGAUAAAAGGAAUUCACAAGGAUGCUGUUGUGACUGUCUUAAAACGUCUUGGGUUCUAGGAUCAGUGUAAUAACUUGAGUAGAUUGGAAACAACACCCAAGAAUGACUGUGAAAUAGUCAAGCAAUACACAGACACUGAGACAGUGCUGUCAACUCUCCCAGAUAAUUCAGGAGAUGCCAUGAAUGAAAUCUCUAGGAUAAUCACCGAAGUAUGCCAUUUCUUCAGUAGACUCGACUUUGCGACAAUAAAAUUUUGACUAUUUUGUGUUGUUUAUGCCAUUUUAAUGUUAACAUCGAAUGUUUCCUCAUCAACUCCAGUAUGUCAUUGUAAUAUAAUAAUCUGAUUGGUUUUCGCGCAUUUUGUAUCAUCACAAAUUCAUGACAAUCGGAGUCAACGAGUAUUUUUUGCACAAAUGAUGUCAUGAUCCUUGCAUUAUGAUGUCAUGUAUCAUCCCUUGCCUGUCAGUUCUCAAUAUUUAAAGACAUGGGGAGUUGACAGCCCUACACAGAGAUGAGAUGAUGUUCAGUUAAGAAUUCACAAACUGCUGUUUUGGGUGCCUUGAAGUUGCUGGGGUCCUAAAUAGAAGAAUUUACAAACUUAUGUACAUAGAAAAAAACAAGACUCUUGAGACUGCACUAAGUCUGAA